GCCCCACCCUCUCUUAGGACAGGUAUAUGUGUACACACGCGGGCUCACACACAGCAGACUUGCUUUCAUCGAGCUUUGGAAACUGUACACAGACGAAAAAUUUGUCAGUUUGGGGCAGAAGACAGUGGAAAGUUGCUGACUUGAAGUGAACAUGGGAAACGAGCAAUCAACUUCGAAAAAACGGCAGAAGGCAAAUGCUGAGAAAAAAGUCCAGAAUGGAGAGCUGAAUGGACAUGCAGCAGCAGCUCCAGAAGAAACUGAACCUGAGACAAGCAAAGAAGCAGCAGUGGAGCAAAAGAGUGAAACCCCACCAGCCCCUGUCACAAAUCAACCAAAACCACCAGAAAAAGAGGAGGUAGACAGCAGCAAAGCCAAUGGACCCACACAUGUGGAAACGACCCCUGAGCAAAAAACAACUAAAUCAUCAGAUGCUGAACCACACAAAAAAGCUGCAAAGCCCAGUGGAGAUGAGAUGUCUAGCUUCAUUGGUAAAAUGUUCAAAAAGAAAAGCGAACCUGUGAAACCUGCAGCAGAAAACAACGAUUCAGUGGACGCACCGGUCAAAGCAGUGGAUCUGAAAAUCGACAUGAAGCCUGAUAAAGUAUUAAUUAACGCAGACCAAAAGGAGAUUCUUGAGGAAGUCGCGGAGAAGAUCAAAUUGCAAUUGGUUGACUCCAUUCCAGUACAACCCAUAAGUUUAGGUUUUCUGACAAAGCACGUCCCGUUGGAGUCCUCAAACACAGAUGAGAUCCUUCCAGACCGGCCUGCUACACAAGAACAAGUAGCUGAAGAGCCAGUUAAAAGAAAAGCCAGUGAGUUACAUACAGGACAUCUAAAGUCUGAAGAGGAACUAUUGGUUGAUGCCCAGGCUGUAGAAGAUGAAGAACCUAAGACUGAGGAUGCCGAAAAGGCCUUGAAAGAAGACACAGAACUCAUACAACUUGUUGAAAGCAUAACGUCAGAAGAAAAGAAACAAGCAUGUGAGAACAAUGUCGAUGUUGAGGAACCAGUCGUUGGAGCUGAAGAGCCAUUGCUGGUUGCUGAAGAAAUUGCAGACAGUGUUGAGGAAAUCUUCCACAUCACUCAGGAGCAAGAAAGCCUUGAUGCAGAAGAGUCAGAGGAACAUCAAGGGAACAUGUGCAAGGAGACAUUGGUGGUUACAGAAGAACCAUCUGUGGAAGCAGCGCUGAUUGCCGGACAAGAAAUCGUUCCUGCCACUUCUGAGUUCAUCUUAGCUGUUAAUAGAUCGAUGACUGUAGAUGAGGACAGUUGGGUGAUCAUUCAAAAACCGGCUCGACUGCUAAACACCUCUGGACUUUUAGAAGAACCUGCACUCACUAGAACUAAAUGGUAUUCAGAAGAUUCUUCUCAAUUGCUUUCCCAACUGAGGUCCACAUGCACUAAAGUUUUAGAAGAUGCUUCAUAUAAGCCGCUCAGUGUCGAUGUAUGUGCUGAUGAAAGCACUAUUCACAUCACAGUUGAGCUCUGCCCGGAUGAGCUCACAUGUCUGAAUAAGGAUCCAGUGGACAUAAAGAGCAGCACAGAGCCGGAGCCGGAGGCUGAAGCUCUCAAACCCAGUCCAGUGGAAGCUGCAGAAGAAAAUAACCCGUCAGAGGAGGCCAAAGCAGCAGAAAAGACAGUUAUGAACUUUUUCAAAACAUUUGUCACUCCGACCAAAACAAGCAAAGAAGCCAAAGCCACUCCUGAUGCUUCUAAAGAGCAGUCACAGAAAGAGACCCCACCAGCACCAUCUACUAAUGAAGCACCCAAGGCACCCCCUCCUCCUCCCCCAGCGCCACCUAAGAUGGAAAGCAAAGCAGAGCCGGCGGUGAAGAAAGAGGACACGUCUGCAACAAAAGCAGCCGCGGCAGCUGCA